GGAGGUCGUUGCAGUAGCGGGGUAUAAAUUAAAGGCGCCCACGGCUUUUUGCCUCAAUGAAAUAGUCAAGCGACUUGCAAGGCAGAGCUGAGAGUGAGAGGCUGCAGACAGCCACUCAUUUAGGGAGAGAAAGGAUCAGGCAUUAGCUCUGCGUCCUUUCUGCUCGUGGAUCCAAGUUUCUUCCCUCCCCCUUGCUGCGGAGGACACAGCUCCAGGAAGAUGAAAUACAUCAUAGGUAUAGGGGGGUAAGUCGCUAGUGUGACCAACGGCGGCAAAACCACUUUGACCAACCGGCUUAUCAAAGCACUUCCAAACUGUUGUGUUGUCCAUCAGGAUGAUUUUUACAAGCCCUGUUUUAUUGCUCGCUAUAUUUCAGCCACAAGAUCAGAUAGAAGUCGGGGAAGACGGCUUUAAACAAUGGGAUGCGCUGGAAUCAUUGGACAUGGAUGCAAUGGUGAGCACGGUGCAUGCGUGGAUUGAGGAGCCAAGGAAGUUUGCCCGCUCCCAUGGGGUGAACGUUAGGCCUAACUCUAAAGACCCCGUCCCAGAGGAGAUCCACAUCCUGGUCAUUGAAGGCUUCCUGCUUUACAAUUACAAACCGCUGAUCGACUUGUUCAACAAACGCUACUAUCUGACAGUUCCCUAUGACGAAUGCAAGAGGAGGAGGAGUACACGACAUUAUCCUAUACCUGACCCACCCGGUCUUUUCGAUGGACACGUGUGGCCCAUGUAUUUAAAAUACAGGAAGGAAAUGGAGACCCAUGGGGUUGAUGCUGUUUAUCUGGAUGGAUUGAAGUCCAGAGAUGACCUGUACAAUCAGGUCUUUGAAGAGAUUCAGAACAUGCUUUUAAAUUGUUCAUAGAGAAAUAUGUAUCUGCUUCUAUGUGCAUUGGUUGACCCCACUGAAACAGCACUUGGGUAUGACUUUCGUCUUGCUUUUCAAGGUCUGAGGAGAGCUGAAAGACCCCGGCAUAGAUCAGAUGUAGAUAGUACUUUAGACAUUAGAAGACAGAAUCAUGUAGGGUUUAUUUGUGUAAACCAGUCACAAACUGUCCUUUGGGAAAGAUCUUAUGUAUAUAAUUGAAAAAAAAAAUGAAGAGAAGUUAUUUACGACACAGCCACAGGCAGUUUUUUAUAUUCCACUGGUUUAUAUAUGUAAUGGUUUAAGAUGCAUUUUUAUAACAAAACAUUCAGAAAACC